CUCCUGCCCCGCUGAAUCAGACCUUCCCCUCCCACCACCUGCGCAAGGAGGCGGCCCGGGGAAGCCGCCUCGGUGCAUAUAAAGCGCUGCCGUCGGAACGGGCAGCGCCGCUCGCUCCCGGGACCCCGCUGCCAGCCGCCCGCCAUGGCCCCCGGCCGCCGCCUGCCGCUGCCCGCGCUGCUGCUGCCGCUGGCCUGCGCCGCGCUGGCCCAGCGCCCCCUCACAGAGAAGCAGCGCGCCUGCCUGCUGCCCCCCGACGACGGGCCCUGCCGAGCCCUGGUGCCGCGCUGGUACUACGAUCGGCACACGCAGAGCUGCCAGGAGUUCGCCUACGGGGGCUGCUACGGCAACGCCAACAACUUCCUCACCUUCGACGACUGCGAGAAGAGCUGCUGGACCAUCAAGAAGGUGCCCAAAUUAUGCCGGAUGGAGGCUGAUGGAGGACCUUGCAGGAGUUAUCUAAGAAGAUACGCCUUUAACUUGAGCUCGAUGAAGUGUGAGGAAUUCAUCUAUGGUGGCUGUUAUGGAAAUGGGAACAACUUCAGAGAUUUGCAGUCUUGUGUGGACCACUGUCUGCCAGAAAGAACUGGCCCCUUGCUAUGCUAUAACCCAAAGGAUGAAGGAUUGUGUUCCUCUUCUGUGCCUCGCUAUUACUAUGACGCCAAGACUAAAUCAUGUAAAGAGUUCAGAUAUACUGGCUGUGGUGGAAAUGCCAACAACUUCGUCACUGAAAUGGAUUGCUACAAUGUCUGUGGGAAAGCAGGAAAUCAGAAACCAAGAAUCAACAAGCCAACAAAUGUAUCCCGCAGAAAAAUAGUGAGAAAACUGGUUAAAAAAUCUCAGACGUAUAACCCGAAGUCUUAAAGCUGAUGUGCACUUGGCUCUUUGAAACACUUUUUGUCAAUUUCACUUUCUUCUUUUGUAAGAUAUUUUUCACAAAGUUUUAUACUGACAUGGUUCUGUCUUUCAGAGCUGCUUUUUAUGCAAUUUACUUUUUUAUAAGUGCAUUUAAUAGAAGAAUGAACCUAAGUUUGGUUCUUCUGCUCUGUUGUCUUUGCAAUAAUAUUUGGAAAGAUUUGUUUUGAUUUCCAUGUUUUUAUGGGGGGAAUGUUACUACUGCCUUGUGAGACUAUUUCAGCUGUUUCAAAUCCAUUAAAAUUUGAAAAAUCAAUUGUCUCUUAUUAUAGAUAAGGAGAGUCCAACACUGAAAAUGCACCAUGGAUUUCUAAAAUUUUUUUUGCAUCCUCUGCUUGCUAAAGAAAAGGAACUUUUAGCAAGUGUGUUCAGAGGUUUAUUGCCCUGCCAUCUACCUACUUUGGCCCUAUCAUUUAAUAGAUUGUCAUUUACAGUUAAUGUUCAUAGCAAAAGCUUUCAGAAGCCUUCAUAACAUAAAUAUAAAAGUAUAAAUUUAAAUGCAUCUCACCCCACAGGAGAGAAUUUGGAAUAGGAAUGCCUUGAUAAACACUCUGGCAAAGGCAAUGAAUAAGCUAGUUGAGUAUUAAAAUAAAAAUGUAGCCAUUAUUUUUUCAUGACAUUUGAAUUUUUUGCUAAGUUAUUCCAGAUCCUCAUAUGCCAUUAAUCAGUAUAAUUUUACUGAUUUUAAUGGAACUAUGCUGAUUAUAUCUCUGGAGGAUCUUGAUAUUUGUGAUAAUGUAGUGGCUGUUGAAGCAGAGCAGCAGAAAUUUCUGCAAAUUUCAUCUACAAAAGAGUAAUCCCUCUUUUGAGGCACAUUUAUAUUUUUUAUGGUAGGUUACGACUGUGGUGAUACUUUUGCACAUUCUUUUAUAUUUUGUAUUUUAGUCCUAGUCUGAAUUUCAGUUAAUUUUGCAUACCACAUUUUCUAAAUAGACAUUCAUAAGUAAUGUUAAUAAAAUGGCUUUUUGGGGAAAAAAAAAAGUUCUGUCAUUAUCCUGAGUUACAUAGACCAAUAUGUGUAAUGGAACCUAUAAUUUGUUAAUUAUGACUCUAACAGGGUUUAGUUGUCUCUUCAAUCAUUUCCUUACACUGAGGUCUUUAUUUGAAGAAAGCCAAUAAAUUGCAUUGAUGUUAUUCAUCCCCAGCAGUUUUGUAGCUCAGCUGCCUCUCUCAAAGGAGCUGCACUCAGAGGAGGGGCUUAGUUUAGUUAUUGUCUGCUGCUGGGUCUCCUGUUUGAUAUUGCACUAUCUGAAUAGCUUUUGCAUGGGUAAUGAAUUAUUUGUUUGAAAUUACAUUGGCUUUCAGUUAGAAUAAUUGAGGUGUGUGCUUUAAAUCUGUUUCAGAGUGGGAAUACAGUGGGGAAACUAGUCAAGAUCUUGUUUUCUUAGUGAUGUUUCUCUCACUGUCAGAUUUUUGAUUAAAGCAGUUUUCUGUGCUU